AUUUACAUCGCUGCUGGUUCAAAUUGACUCAACUAUCAGGAGCGGAGACACAAUGGAGGAGAGCACGGCGCAGACACACUGCUGAAAGACUUAUCUGUAUCUUACACACCGUGCAGCUUUAUCCGGAUCGGAGAUUACAAAUAGUUUGGAUAGUCUUGUUUAUUUUCUUUUUCAACUGUUUCUGCCAGUGAAAGAUAGAUUGCAUUCGGACAUUGAGCUGCAUUUUAUAAGAGGUCAUCAUGCCUCCCACAACCCCAUAUGCCGGAAAGUUCAGCUCUUACAGCAACAGCAACAACCAUCCUCAGCCUCACAGCCCGUACCGCAGCGGCACCGCCCCGAAGCCCGUGAAGGAAAACGUCUACAACGGCGCCUACUCUUCCUCAGAAAACCCCUACGACAUACCACAGCCUCACAGUUCGUAUCGCAGCUCCUCUGUCUCCUCUGCGCCCGCGAAGGAGCAUCAUUACAACAGCAGCUGUGCCGUAUCAGAGAACCCGUACUCCUCGCUGCAGCCUCACAGCCCGCGACAGCACAACACUUCCUGUCCUGCACACGCGUACCGUCACACCAGCAGUAGCAGCGGCAGCGAGCAGUCGUGUCGUAACAACUCUAUGUCAGCGAAAGGCCGACUUUUCGGACACAGCGUCACCGCUAGUUAUGGGGAGAUGUGUUACCAUGACAACAGUUUGGUUUCAGCAUCCCUUGAGGCGCUGAUCCAGCACCUGGUUCCCACAGUUGACUACUACCCUGAUAGGUCAUAUGUGUUCACCUUCCUGCUGAGUUCACGCCUCUUCCUGCACCCAUACGAGCUCAUGAUGAGGGUUUGUCACCUGUGUGUGGAGCAGCAGCGGUCCGGAGACACCCUGCUGGAUAAGAUCCGUUUCCGUGAGGUGGCGCCUAAGUUGGUGCAGCUGCUAACAGAGUGGACGGAGACGUUUCCGUACGACUUCAGGGACGAGAGGAUGAUGCGUUGCCUCAAAGACAUGACGCACCAUGUGGCCCGAGGGGAUGAGUACUCUUGGCGAGCCAUGCAGCAGAUGACCCAGCGGCUGAUCAAACGCCUAUCUGCCCUCGGCCAGUACGAGGAGGCCGUUGCUGCGCUCAACGCCGUGGCGAUGGAGCGGCCCGCUUCCCUGAAAAGCAAACAGGCCUCGGGUCAGCGAAGCGACGUAAUGAGUGUGUGUGACGACCCCUUCAUCCUCGCCCAGCAGCUCACACACAUUGAACUGGACAGACUGAGUUUUAUCGGCCCUGAGGAGUUCAUCCAGACAUUCGCCAUGAAGGAUCCUCUGGAGAACCAUAAGGGUUUCUUCCGGAAGCGCAAAACCAGUAACCUGGAGGCCUACGUCAACUGGUUCAACAGACUGAGUUUCCUGGUGGCCACUGAGAUCUGUAUGCCAGUGAAGAAGAAACACCGAGCACGAAUCAUAGAGUUCUUCAUAGAUGUGGCUCAGGAAUGUUUCAAUAUUGGCAACUUCAACUCCCUCAUGGCCAUCAUCACUGGGAUGAACAUGAGUCCUGUUGCCAGACUGAAGAAAACCUGGAGUAAAGUCAACACUGACAAGUUUGAAAUCCUGGAGCACCAGAUGGACCCCUCCAGUAACUUCAGCAACUACCGCACUGCGCUCCGUGGCGCCACCCAGAGGUCUGAGACUGCACACAGCAGCCAGGAGAAGAUUGUGAUUCCUUUCUUCAGUCUCCUCAUUAAAGACAUCUACUUCCUGAAUGAAGGCUGUGCCAGCAGGCUGUCCAACGGACACAUCAACUUUGAAAAACUGUGGGAGCUUGCAAAGCAGGUGAGCGAGUUCCUGGUUUGGCGUCAGGUGGUUUGUCCAUUUGACAGAGACCGCCGGAUCCUCCAGUACCUCGUCACCACGCCUGUCUUCAGUGAAGACGAGCUGCAUCUGGCCUCGUAUGAGAGCGAAGGACCUGAGAACAAUAUGGAGAAAGACAGUCGUAGGUCUCUUAGAUCUUCCCUUCUGCAUCGAGAGAAUCGGUCUUAAGAGAAUGACAUUCCUCUCUGCUCUAAAGACUGUAAAUGAACUAGGUGUUUUAAAGCUACAGGUUCCUCCAUAUUAUCUUAUAGACACAUUUUUACAUCCCCAUGGCCAAAUUUUAAGCCUAGGACAAAUACUGAUCUACAGGAGGACAAACGCAGCUGUGCCCAUAUUCUCACAGAUGAACAGAAGAAUAUAUUACAAUAUGUGGGCUUUGAGGCUCACAAGGAGCAUAAAUGAUUUAUAAAUUAGAUGCUGUAACAAACCUUGAUGACCAUCCAGUGCCAAAGGACCUCAGUUGCAGUUAUUACUAUAACCCUCUGCCUUGCAAGCGUUGAUGGACUGAAGUCAUUAACCUAAUGAUUCCCACGAAGAGCUCAGAUUACUCAUUUGGGUCAUCAGCUGUGCUUUUUCUUCAACAUCAGCUCUGACUAAGGCACCUAGAGGAUUUCAGAUGACUGCAGAACAUGUAUGGAUCUUGUUUAUAUCUCCAUUGGACCUCCAUCACGGCGACAACAGCCUCAUAUUGUGGAACGACUGGUUUUGUCUCUGAAUGAGACUCAUAUGGACUCGAGCGGUUAUAUUGCAACAUUAGCACUGCUUCCCUGCAGAUGUCCUGGCUGAGUUCAGUCAAAAACCACAAAGAGGGGAGAGAUCCACUCUGAAAGGAAUAUUUGGUUAUCAUUGAUUUGUAGUAUAACUAACGGGCUGACAACUGCUUUAGAAGUGGCGUUGUCUGCAUUGUUGUCUUGUUGAGUGCAUGAUUUUAAUGAGAAAAUCUUGGCAGCAACUGUACCACAUCCAAUCCAUUUGCUCUCAGUUUGCAAACAGCAUCAAUUUCUGGAUAUUUCAGUCAUUCAAGCCUGUUAUCUAAUUUUAAACAAAUAAUGCAAGUCAGUACAUCAGCUUUAUAUUUCCAAACACAUUUUAGUGACCGUUUUAUCAGUCAUGCUGUUUGGUUCUAAACAUUCUGUGAUGUGUGCACUUUGACUGCAUAUUGGUGAUGCAAAUCAUGCUAAUCAUGCAAGUUAAAUCAAACGCACUUCAGUGGGUUUUUGUGUAUUGUAUUAUAGGAUCUGAUGACUCCUAUUUUAAGGCGUCUUUCUAUACAGUAUUACGUUGUAUUUUGUAUCAGAAGGUAAAAAAAAUGUGUUUUUUUCUUUGUGUACUUUCUCUGAAGUUUCACCGUGAGCUUGUUGCUGGUUGGCUGGCUCCGCGUUGGUAAGCUAUUUUGUUAAGACAACACCAAUUCAUGUUUGACAAAGAAGUGUUUUGGGUCUGAAUGAAGUGCAAACUGACAUGUGUAUGUGCAGCUUAAAUACAAACAGGAGCCUCACCCUCCUCUUCAUCUCAUCUGCGAUGACGUAAGCGUGAUGUGCUCCUUUUACAAUCUGCCUGUGACUGAACAUGAUGAUAUUUUUGUGUUUUAAAAAAGCUCAUUUUAUGUUUCAUUUUAUACGUGUUUUUUCUCAUGUAUGCUUUUUUCAAUCUUUUUUGUGUGUGUGUGUGUGUGUGUGUGUGUGUGUAUCAUUUGUGUUACCAGUCAGGGUACUUGUACUGAAGGUAUUUGUGAAAAGAGAAUUAUAUUUUUUCUUUCAAAUAAACCGAAUAACUGAA